CAUCUUCACUCGCCGCGACCGGUCUUUUGUGGCAAUCUUUCUGCCACAUCAACUUCAAGUCGUUCGUGGUCCGUUACUAACAUGGACGACACCUUCGAAAAGCCCACCGCGGGCGCACCUCCACAAACCGAGAGGGAAAACGCACCCGAAGACGACGAGCAGGCCUCUGAUGACGAGGAAGGCGCGCAGGAUUGGGCGAAGUUGGCCCAAAUGUACUCUCGUUCCUCCGCCCCAGUGAUCCCCAAGCGCGGCGAAAAGGAAUUCGAGCCGGCUGAGGGUGGUGGCUCAGGUUUGCAGAAACACGUCCUGGAGCGCUCGAGGAAUGCGAUGUUCGAUAUUCUGCGGACGACGAGGGUGAUUGCGAACAAGAGCAUGUCCUACGCCAUCUGGCACCCCUCCCUCGCCCGCGCGGAGGUCCUGGUCGCGCAUGGCGUGCACUUUGCGAAUAUGGGGCACUCGGCGCCGCGGCCGUACGUCGAUGAGGAGGGGGUAACGAAGGUUCAUAAACGAUUGGAGUUACUACCGGAGGAAGCUAUCUAUCUGGUGGAAAGGGGCUCGCUGUUCUGUUCGACGGCUGGCGCCCCAAAAACUGCUGUUCCGGGAAUGGAGGAUGCGGCGGGCCCGCCGAUGACGGUGCAACAAGCGUACACGGAGAUGAUAGGAAGGGAGGGGUUGACAUUGGAGAAGUUUCAGGUCUACGCCUACCUCAAGCGCCUCGGCUACGUCGUUACUCGCGCGAAUCCGCCUGACGAGAACUACCCGAUGCCAUCCCCGCAUAAGGCGGUUGCGCGUGCGACGACAGCGAGAACGAAACCCACUAACCUCUUCGUCGCAUUAUACUCCGUCGUCUGCCGAUGCCUUGCCCGCCUCUGGAGAAGGGAAUUUGACUGGUGGCACCCGCUAACCGUGAACCGGUGGUUGGGGAAGUGGGGAGGGUAUGCUCACAUCUACCGCUCCCUCCGCUUCAUCCCCAAUGGACACGAGAUACCCUUGCGGCCAACCGAUACAGAAAAGCGUGAAUCCGAGAAAAACGCCUCCCCCUACCGCGUCUUCUACAACAUCUACAAGCCGAUGACGGCGUUUAAGAAGUCGAGCCCGCCGCCGCCGGAUUAUCAGGUGGUGGUUGUGAACGCGCGCACCACCCUCAUGCCCUCCCUGCAAGAAUUCGAGGACAUGUUCGCGGAGCUGCCCGAGCUCCCGCCGCCGCUUCCGCGGAAGAAGAAUUUCUUGCCCGCACCUGGCGAAGAGCUCCCGCCGGGCGUGAAGAUCAACAAGGCACUGCCGAAUGCGCCGAGGAAUGCGAGGCCACGCCCACCGCAGGCGGCGCAAUUAACUCCGGAGGGCAACGCAUCCUUCCUACGACGCAUAUUCCCCUGGGCGUUCCCCGCCUCUCGUCCAUCUCCGCCCCAGGGCCCGCGCAUCAACCCGUUCAUGGCGCUGAGGGCGGGGAAGCGGAUGAUCAUCAUCGCUGCGGUGGAUUCGGGGAACAUCAGCUUCUACAGGUUCAUGCAGGGGUCGUUCGUAGAUUGGCCGAUGGGGUGAGGAGGAUAGGAAGGCGUAGCUGUUUCUCGAGUCUGUGCUAAUUGAGCCCUUUGUGGGUUGCGCCCAAUGUCCAUACUGUACUCAUCUAUAGGCGAAUAGAGUUGACUGCCGCAUGGCAGCGUCUACACCUGCCAGGCACUUCGUUGCGCUGUGGUGGAGUGGGAUGGCAGUCGAGUGCGCUAGCCUUCUGCGGUGCUCCCUUGCUUGACUGUACACGCAAGGCCGGUUAUCAGCAUGCCACUUAUCGACGGACCUGCUUGGCUGUGGCGGGGCCUUGCCGGAAUGAACUGGACUACUGCGCCUCCGCCGUAUACGUGUGCGAACGUCCUUUUCGCAUGCGUAUUGUCCCUCUUUCAGGCAGGACCUCGGUAGACAAGCUGAGAUAGGAUGAAGCGAAGCCAGCCUCGGCAC